GUGUCAACGAUUAAAUUGAUCGAAUUCGAAAAAUAGUUCAUAAAAUUUCCUAAUUGUGCAAAUUAUAAAUCAAAUCUUUUUUUGCAGUCGCCUACAGAGUAAUAAUUUUAUAUCACAGUCGUUAUAGUGGUUGCCUACGUGCAAAGCUUGGAAGGAGUGUGGGCAAGAAUUUUUUACUUUCAAAUUAAAGCCGCUUUCUGUAUAUUACAAAUAGUUCGUAAAGCGCAUUUAUACUAGACGGUCAACUCGAAAGUCAAUAAUUUUUUUUUGUCGACUAAUUUCUAAUUUCGCUGUUAAUCAAUUAAAAUCAGGAGAGAAUCUUUCAAUUUUAAUUGUGAAUUGUGGAUUUUUUUUUAGUAAACUUUUAAAUAAUUUAAGUCAAAUGUAAAAAUUAAAAUAAAAGUUCGACUUAGAGAAAAUUAGUUAAAAUGCCUCUUCUCAAAAAUGCUGUAAACCGUUGGAGUAAAGUUUGCAAAUUUAGCAUAUCUACUUUGCCUGAGAUACCAGAAUGUAAACAUGUCCCUUCAGCUUAUCAUGGUCCCGAUUAUAAUUCGCUAUUGAAGGCUCAAAAUUUCAACGUGUCUCCAAGUUUGAAACCUUUUUACAGAAAACCAUUACUACUUCACGAAGGAAAAGCACAAUGGCUUUGGAAUCACGAAGGAAAACGAUUUCUCGAUAUGUUCGCAGGAAUCGCUACCGUUUCGGUCGGACAUUCACACCCAAUAAUUAUGGCAGCAGCGAAAGAACAAUUAUCCAAACUUGGAUACACGCCGACAAUCUACAUGCAACCACGUGUUCUCGAGUACGUUGAAAAAUUAACGAAUAAAUUACCUGGAGAUUUAAAGGUCGUCUAUCUGGUGAAUUCGGGUUCAGAAGCCACGGAAUUGGCUUUCUUGAUGUCAAGGGUAUAUACCGGAAAUCAUGACAUAAUUUCCCUGAAAAAUUCUUAUCACGGAGGAACGUACGCUGCCUCAACUGCCACUGCAAUGUCAUACUUCAGACAUUCCAUUCCUCGACCUCCAGGACACAUUCACGUAAUGAAUCCCGAUGUUUAUUUAGGACCCUGGGGAGGCUCUAAAUGUCGAGACACUCCAAUUUCACAAAUAAGGAGAAAAUGCCAUUGUUGCGAAAAUGAAUGUACAGCAUCUGAAAAAUACUAUUCGGAAUUUUUAGAUACUUUCAAAUUUUCUUUGCCGAAAGACGGAAAUCUUGCCGCAUUUAUUGCUGAAAGCAUUCAGGGAAUCGGUGGAGUUGUGCAGUUUCCGAAAAAUUAUUUAAAUAAAGUUGUGAACAAAGUUCAGAAAACUAGAGGUCUCUAUAUCGCCGACGAAGUACAGACUGGUUUUGGAAGAACUGGAGAACAUUUUUGGGGAUUUGAAGCUCAGGAUGUGCAACCGGAUAUUGUCACAAUGGCAAAAGGUAUCGGUAAUGGAUUUCCAUUGGGAGCUGUUGUUACCACACCAGAAAUUGCGAAUGCCUUGAAUAAAGCUUCUCAUUUUAAUACUUUCGGUGGAAGUCCACUGUCUUGUGCUGUGGGCUCUGCAGUUCUUGACGUCAUAGAAGAAGAGAAACUGCAGGAAAAUUCUUUAGAGGUGGGAACACAUUUGCUUCAUAGACUGAGUACAUUAAUGUUUGAAUUUCCAAACAUUAUUGGCGAUGUUCGAGGGAAAGGCCUGAUGAUUGGAGUGGAACUUGUUAAUAAUUCUGAGACUAAAGAAUCUCUGGAAGCAGAAUAUAUGGCAGAUAUUUUUGAGGAUAUGAAAGACAUGGGAGUCCUUGUCGGCAAAGGAGGUGUUAACGGAAAUGUAUUGAGACUAAAACCACCAAUGUGCGUAACGAAACAGGAUGCAGAUUUUACUGUAGAGGUAUUGAAAACUGCUAUUCAAAGACAUCAAGAUAAAAUCUUGAUAGACAAGGAAUCUGUUUUUAUGAAUUCUAAUUGAACGGCUAUUUUUAUAUUCAUAAGAAAUAAAGCUUCUUAUGAGGAAGCAAAAAUCAAUUCAAUGAAAACGAGGUGUUAUUAUAUAACUAAACUGCCAUUUUUAAAACGAUUUCUUCUCAUACUAAAUGAAUUUAAAAGUGAAAAUUACA